AAAACAGAACGUGUUCCGUUUUCAAGCGAGAUCAACGUCGUGCUCGUUUCGUGGCUGUGCCGAGAGUUACCUGAUAGUGGUACGAAAUGUCAACAACAAGCGCAAUUAACGGAAAUCACUACGAGCAAUUGCAUCAAGGACGCACCAGCAUGUACAAGUCCAAAGUGGAUGUCGUCCUGGGCGCCCAAUGGGGCGAUGAGGGCAAGGGCAAGGUGGUGGACAUGCUUGCCUCCGAUGUGGAUAUUGUUUGCAGGUGUCAGGGUGGUAAUAAUGCUGGACACACGGUGGUCGCUAAUGGCACCGAAUUUGAUUUUCAUCUAUUGCCGAGCGGCGUCGUGAACGAGAAAUGCAUUUCGGUCAUCGGUAAUGGCGUUGUCAUUCAUUUGCCAUCGUUGUUCGACGAGGUGCUGAAGAACGAGGCUAAGGGAUUGCAGCACUUGGAGCAUCGUCUGAUUAUCUCGGAUCGUGCGCAUCUCGUGUUUGAUUUCCAUCAACAUGUCGAUGGCAUGCAGGAGGCGGAGAAGGGUGGCAAGUCGUUGGGCACCACCAAGAAGGGUAUUGGUCCGGCCUAUUCCAGCAAGGCCACCCGCAAUGGUAUUCGUGUGGGCGAACUUCUCGGUGACUUCAACUUGUUCAGCGAGAAAUUCAAAUCAAUUGUGAACACGCAUUUGCGGUUGUUCCCAUCGAUUAAGGUGGACGUGGAGGCCGAGUUGGCCCGCUACAAGGAUUAUGUGGAGAAGGUGCGUCCCUAUGUCAAGGACACCAUUUGCUUCCUGCACACGGCACUGCGCAACGGCAAGACAAUUCUGGUCGAGGGUGCCAACGCAGCAAUGUUGGAUAUUGACUUUGGCACGUAUCCUUAUGUAACCAGCAGCAAUUGCAGCAUUGGCGGUGUCCUCACCGGAUUGGGACUGCCACCGCAGACAAUUGGCGAGGUUAUUGGCGUUGUCAAGGCUUACACGACGCGUGUCGGCGACGGUCCGUUCCCCACGGAGCAGUUGAACGAAAUUGGCGAGUUGCUGCAGACUCGUGGCUUUGAAAUUGGCGUUACCACGAAGCGAAAGCGUCGUUGUGGUUGGCUGGACAUCCCUCUGCUCAAAUACACGUCCCUGGUGAACGGUUAUACUUGUAUUUGCAUUACGAAGCUGGAUAUUCUGGAUACUCUGCCGGAGAUCAAAGUGGGCGUGAACUACAAGCGCAGCAAUGGCGAGAAUCUGGAUCAUUUCCCGGGCACCAUUAGCGAGCUUGGAAGCAUCGAAGUGGAGUAUGCUGUACUGCCUGGCUGGCAGACGUCCACUGAGCACAUACGCAACUUUAAGGAGUUGCCCGAGAACGCACAAAACUACGUUCGUUUCUUGGAGAGCCAUCUAAGCGUCCCCGUGCGCUGGGUGGGCGUUGGCAAGGGCCGUGAAUCUAUCAUUAAUGUACAUUAGUUAGCCAUACAUACAUAUUUACACACACACACACCUUCUAUGAAUAUGCGUAUAUGAGACAGAGGCGCUAUAAUAUCCAUAUAAUCAAUUAACCAGAUAUGCACAGACUAUUGUAAUCUGGGCUUUUAACUAUCCUAACUACACACUUAUCCAUAAAGUAAUAUUCCGACUAUGUAUCUACGAAAAUUUGGACACAACAUUUUUAGCGUCUUUAAGUUACAUUUUAUAGUUUUAUUGAUGGUCACCAUAUUAUGAUUUACUAAACUAAACUGCACAGAGUUUCAGAGUUUUUUUUUUGAUUGUUGAGACGUACAUAGUUAGUUUUUAGGACCGUCAAGUGCAGUUUGAAAUUUUUUAUGUAAAAGAGAAACGGAUAUUCUUCUUAUUGUACAAUAACUAAUUAACGUUGUUUUAAUAUUUAAAUACAACAUUGUGCUUUGACUUGUAUAAUUUUUAUUGUAAUCUGUAUUUAAAUAUUUUUGAUUAUUGGUCCCACGUCAGUCGCAUUUGUUUGUCACAAAUUUAUUGAAAAUGCGAAAUUAAAGUAAAAUAUAAUAAAC